UUAGCCGUUCUUACACGGGACUUCCCUUUUCCCUCCCUGUUUGUAGUUGUGUGGAGGUUUCCUCCUGUAGGCUCGAGAGACGCCUUCCUUGAUGCCGGCCAGCCUGAACUGUUCAAGCUCGCCUUAACUUUGCAGCCGCAAUGGGGAUCUUCGGCACCGCGUCCCGUGGGCUCCAUCGAUCGACACGGUGUUGAAAAUCCGAGCCAACUCGGGUGGCUGCUAUGGUGGGACCUCCCGGAAGCAGCAGAGUUCGACUUCAAGAGUUAUUCGGCAAAAUCCAUACAGCCAUGGAUGGAAGCGGAAGAAGUUGUCGUCUGUGAAAAGCCCUCGGCGGGCCCGGCCCACGUUUGCGGUCGUCCGCGGCGGUGAGCGCAAGCAUGACGGACAAAGCGCUGUACGGUACGCCCAAAAGCGCCGGUCGGCCCCCGGCGGUGCCGGUGCUGCCCCCGGAGCCCAUCGACAUCAUCCGCGUCAAGGCUCGCUCUCGGAGGGUCAGGCUCAACGUGGGAGGUCUGACCCACGAGGUCUUGUGGCGAACGCUGGACCGCCUGCCCAGGACCCGCCUGGGGCAGCUGCGGGACUGCAACACCCACGAGUCGCUGCUGGAGGUGUGCGACGACUACAGCCUCUCCGAGAACGAGUAUUUCUUCGACCGCCACCCCGUGGCCUUCUCCUCCAUUCUCAACUUCUACCGAACCGGCAAGCUGCACAUGAUGGAGGAGAUGUGCGCCCUGUCUUUCGGCCAGGAGCUGGACUACUGGGGCAUCGACGAGAUCUACCUGGAGUCCUGCUGCCAGGCCCGCUACCACCAGAAGAAAGAGCAGAUGAACGAGGAGCUGAGGAGGGAGGCGGAGACCCUGAGAGAAAAGGAAGGCGAGCGGGAGGAGGAGGAGCUGGGCUGCUGUCCUGACCAGAGGCAGAAGCUGUGGGAUCUGCUGGAGAAACCCAGCUCUUCGGUGCCGGCAAAGAUCCUGGCGAUGAUCUCCAUCCUCUUCAUCGUUAUUUCCACCAUUUCCUUGUCACUCAACACCUUGCCGGAGCUGCAGGUCGUGGAUGAAUUUGGCCAGUUUAACGACAACCCGAGCCUGGCCCACGUGGAGGCGGUGUGCAUCGCCUGGUUCACCAUGGAGUACCUGUUGCGCCUGCUGUCGGCGCCCAACAAGUGGAAUUUCCUCAAAGCGCCGCUGAACAUCAUCGAUUUGCUGGCCAUACUGCCUUACUACGUGACUCUGUGCCUCACCGAGUCCAACAAGAACGUCAUGCAGUUCCAGAACGUGCGGCGCGUGGUCCAAAUUUUCCGCAUCAUGAGGAUUCUGAGGAUCCUGAAAUUGGCCAGGCACUCCACGGGGCUGCAGUCUCUGGGCUUCACCUUGCGCAGAAGCUACAACGAAUUGGGCCUGUUAAUUCUCUUCCUGGCCAUGGGCAUCAUGAUCUUCUCCAGUUUGGUCUUCUUUGCCGAGAAAGACGAGGAUUCCACCAAGUUCACCAGCAUCCCCGCCUCGUUCUGGUGGGCUACCAUCACCAUGACCACCGUGGGAUACGGAGACAUCUACCCUCAAACCUUGCUGGGCAAGAUCGUCGGCGGGCUCUGCUGCAUCGCCGGCGUCUUGGUCAUCGCCCUCCCCAUCCCCAUCAUCGUCAACAACUUCUCCGAGUUCUAUCGCGAGCAGAAGAGGCAGGAGAAGGCCAUCAAGAGGAGGGAGGCCCUGGAACGAGCCAAGCGAAGCGGAAGUAUCGUUUCCAUCAGUCCCAAAGGGGCUUUUGCGCGAAACAUGGAACUCACGGACGUGCUGAUCGAAAAGAGGGACGACGCCAAGUGUCCGGCCGACAACCACUUAUCGCCGAGCCGCUGGAGCUACCACAAGCGCUACUCCAACGCAGAUUUGGGCAGCCCCGGCCAGUCCAAAGGCCCGGCCGCCUACCGGGAAGUGGCUCGAGUCGGCUCGCCCGACUGUCCCCCGCCCUUGACCCACAAAGGCGGCCCUCAACCCCUCGGAGCCAAGGCGUCGGAAUGUGCCCAUGACAAGGCCGCGCCGGCAAAACUCAUCGAAGAGGAGCAGGAGGUGAAUGCAUCGCCCCCCGCCCCGAUCCAAGAAACGGCCGAGGAUUUUUCGGCAGAAAGCCGAGAAAAAGGUUCGCGGGUUCCCGGUGUCGGAGGUCGACAAAGCGGCACCGCUCGACAGCUCUGCGCUCCCCCUCCCUUGGAUCUGAGUCGCAUCGGCGCCGCGGAGCUAAACCGGAGCGCUGACGGCAGCCGCAGCUCCUCGGCAGAUGGCAGCGGGCUGCAAAAGACCACCGACCGCAAGCUCAGCCCCGGACGGCAAGAGACGAAGUCGCCUCGGCUGCCGUCGCCGUCCCGAUCCAUUGGUCCCGGCGACUCUCCGGGGGAAGGCGAGGGCUCGGCGGCCAAGAGAUUAGGAGAGGGUGAAGGGCAGCUCACGGGCUUAAGCCACCAGGGGAAGAAUCACACGGAGAGCUCCGCCGUCGGCUCGGGCGGCCGCUCCGGCCCCCCGGGGAAGGCCAACCUCCUCAACUGUUCUCAGGAGCUGCUAACUCUGGACGGAGGGGCAAGGGAGGCGCCAUCGCAGGGCGGUGACAGACAAGAAAACCACAUACCGCUUGCGAGUCUGUCGCCCUCCCAUGAAACCAGCAUGUGAGCCCCGAUUCCACCCGAGCGCUCGGCCUCCUGAAACCGACCAUCAUCCGCUCGCUCUUUGGACAGGGAUGAACUUGCGUCCCGUCCCUCAAGACGCGACCACGAAGGCCCAUUGCCUGAUGGAGUUGUAUCUCUGGAUGCGAGGGGCGUCGCUCACCCAAGACACGCUUCUCUUUCAUUUGACGCCGAGAAUCCCCAUCGACCGGCGAUGACUCGCGUGAGCGAACACAACCUUGAGCAAAAACUUGAAGACAUUUUUCAAAAACGGUGUCUUUUGCAAUACGGCAAAAUCUAGGCCAGGGGUGCCCGCGGACUGGUCCCGAGUCGAUCGCCAGGGCU